AUGUCAGGUAUUGAAAGAAGUCCCAGUCCCAAAAAUCGGGGCAGAUCUCCCCCUGGAGUGCACGAGGGAAACGCCAGGGUUCAAAGCUUUAACCAGCAGCACCGCGAUGCGGAACUCACGUCGUUGCCGCACAAAAAACCAGAUGUUUACCAGUAUGAUAUGGGCAAAGCGACCGAUUCUGCAAAUGAACGUGGUGGACCCGUGGGGAAUACUGGUAUGUUAUACCAGGAUAGCAAAGCGUCUGUGACGCAUGGCGGUGGCCCUUUUGGUGGUCAUUCUGACAGCCACGGCCAUCCACAAAUCAUUCCACCGGGAUUUGACGGUCAUCUACAAGUAAAGGACUCUUUUCUUACCGGCCGUGCACUCCUGUAUUUCACGUCCGUGUUUGUAUCAUUGGGAGUCUUUUUGUUUGGAUACGACCAGGGUGUCAUGUCUGGUGUCAUCACCGGUCCAUAUUUCAAGACCUAUUUUAAUGACCCUUCGCGAGCCGCGAUUGGUAACAUGGUUUCGAUCCUGGAGAUUGGAGCCUUGAUCAGUUCAUUGCUGGUGGGACGUUUGGGCGAAAAAUGGGGUCGCAGACGUACCAUUCGUUACGGGUCCUUUGUUUUCAUCAUUGGUGGUUUGAUUCAGACCUCUGCUUUGAACUUGAACUAUUUGAUCGUGGGGAGAGUGAUUAGCGGUCUGGGUGUAGGCUUGUUGAGUACCAUCGUGCCCAUCUACCAGUCAGAAAUUUCCCCUCCACACAACAGAGGUAAGCUAGCAUGUAUCGAAUUCACGGGAAAUAUCGUAGGGUACUGUUCCAGUGUUUGGGUCGACUACGGCUGCUCUUUCAUCGAAAACAACGCGUCUUGGAGACUGCCUCUUUUCAUUCAAUGCGUCAUGGGUUUCGGGCUGCUUCUCGGUACUUAUGUCAUUGUGGAGACCCCAAGAUGGCUCUUGAACCACGAUCAUGAUGUCGAGGGACUGAUAGUCAUCGCAGAUCUACACAGCGAAGGCGAUGUCCAGGAUUCCCGGGCCCACGAAGAAUUUCAGGCAAUCAAAGAAACUGUGUUAGUAUCCAGACUCGAAGGCGAAAAAAAAUCGUACUCCUACGUGUUCAAGCGUUACAGGACAAGAAUGCUGAUUGCAAUGAGCUCUCAAAUGUUUGCACAGUUGAACGGUAUUAAUGUUAUUUCUUACUACGCGCCAAUGGUUUUCGAACAGGCCGGUUGGGUAGGUAGAGAUGCUAUCUUGAUGACUGGUAUCAACGGGAUAAUUUACGUUCUCUCCACAGUUCCACCUUGGCAUUUAGUUGAUAAAUGGGGCCGCAAGCCUAUCCUGCUGAUGGGAGGUAUUGUGAUGGGGCUUUCAUUGGUCUCGAUAUCGGCUUCGAUUUACAUCAACACUUCAUUCACCCCCAACCUAGUCGUUAUCUUCGUGAUCAUUUUCAAUGCUUUCUUUGGCUUCAGUUGGGGACCUAUUCCCUGGUUAUAUCCAGUUGAAAUAGCGCCCUUGUCUGCAAGAUCAGCUAUGGCAUCUGCUUCAACUGCUACCAACUGGCUUUGCAAUUGGCUUGUCGGUAUCAUGACGCCCAUCUUGCAGGAAAAAAUUGAAUGGAGAUUGUAUUUGAUUCAUGCUACGUCCUGCUUCAUUUCCUUCUGGUGCGUCCUGAGAGUAUACCCCGAAACUGCAGGGUUGCGUUUGGAGGAUAUGGGAUCGGUUUUUGACGACAAGUCGUCAACUUUUAGUUUCCACGGGUCCAUCGCGGGUGUCGAUGUUGACACUGCAUCUCUUGCAAAUUCUUCUAACGCCAAUCCAUCCCUUGCGCGUAAACCUUUGAAGGCGCAGUCAUCGUUUUAUGAUGGUAAUAAUGCGGUGCUGAACCAGUUGCAUCCGGGUGGUGCUCAACAAGACUCGUUACUAAACCAACCUCCCGGGAACAGCAGUGCGCAGAGUGUGAUCUCUAAAAAAAGCAUAGCAAGUACAAACAUGCUAUCGGCAGAAGCUUUAGACCCACCAACAUUGCAACAAGUGCUUGAAUUCAAAAAGGGACAGCAGCAGGCCGGAAACUUCCGUAAGCUGGUAAGAAGGGGAUCCGAGACAGUCGGUCUGAUCUACGGCAGGGUCGUAGGUUUGGGCAAGUCUUCAGACAAUGGCGCAUAUGGAACGCUAUCAACCAAUGAUCAAUCUGGUCCAAGCAGCUAA